UUUGUCCCUCUAUUUUGUUAAGUAUUGAAAACUUCUUUUUUUUUUUUUUAAUAUUAUUUGCAGCAAAGAUUAUGCCAAUUAUUAAGAAUGAGCAUUUACUUUUAAGCGCCCUCCUCAUAGCUAAAUCAUUGGCAUUGGAGGGGGUUUCUGUUUCUAUGGAGAAAAUGUUCCCAGAGUGGCUUGCAGUAAUCAUAUCAGCUACCCUUUUAGGUAUCAUUGCUGAGAUUAUCCCUCAAGCAUUGUGCUCUAGAUAUGGUUUGAGUGUUGGGGCAACCAUGACUCCCUUUGUGAAAGUACUUCUGUUGAUUUUCUUCCCCAUUGCAUAUCCAAUUAGUAAGGUGUUGGAUUGGCUUUUUGGCAAGGGGCAUAGUGCACUUCUAGGAAGAGAAGAGCUCAAGGCUUUGGUUCAUUUACAUUCCAAUGAGGCAGGUAAAGGGGGAGAGUUGUCACUACAUGAAGCUACAAUAAUUGCUGGAGCAUUAGACUUAACUUUGAAGACUGCUAAAGAUGCCAUGACACCAAUAAGUGAAACAUUUUCUCUGGACAUUAACUCCAAACUCAACAUGCAUACAAUGGCCUUGAUAAUGAGCAAAGGUCACAGCCGUAUACCAAUUUAUUCUGGAAUACCAACAAAUAUUGUUGGUAUUAUCCUGGUCAAGAAUUUAAUCUUCUGUCGUCUGGAAGACGAAACGCCCAUUAAACAUAUGACGAUUAGGAGAGUUCCUAGAGUAGGUGAAAAUUGGCCACUAUAUGAGAUCUUGAAUCAAUUUCAAAAGGGUCAAAGCCAUAUGGCUGUUGUCAUCAAGGGUGAAGUGAACAUCAAAGAUGCUGCAACUGAUUCACAUGGACUUCGCGCCUUUGAAAUGGUUGAUUAUACUAGUAUGUCAACUGAUGCAUCAAAUUUGACCUCACAAGAAACAGAAUAUUAUAGUGCAACACUAAAGAAUACCAUGAAGCUAGAGGGUGACUCGGAUGCAUUGCGCGCAAGAUCACGAUGCGAAAGCGAAGCAAAUGCAUCAUUUGAGAACGUGGAAGCUCUUAAUGUUCAUGAAGAAGUAAUUGGGAUAAUAACAUUGGAAGAUGUUAUGGAAGAGCUACUUCAGGAUGAUAUACUGGAUGAAACUGAUCAAUAUGUUGAUGUUCAUCAAAAUAUCAAGAUCAAACUGCAAAAUCCAAGAAGAAUGUCAUCAGGGUCCUCCAGAAGAUCCUCAAAUUCUAAUCAAUGGUGGAGAAAUUCAGACGCAUCUCGAGUUUGCUUCUUAACUCCUACAUAUGUUUCACCCAUUUCGGAAACUAACCAGAACUGAACAAGAGCCAAGUCUCUCCUCAUGAUUUGAUUUUGAUCCAAGGGGGAAGAUGAUAAAUGUUGCUAAAUCAUCAUAAGUUACAAAAGAUUAAUGUACUUUACAUCAUUUUUCUCUCAUUCCUAUUAGUACUAUUAGUUUUAUA